CCCAGAGCAGGCCCAGAGCAGGACCAACAGGCCAGAGGGGCAGUCGCUCGCAACGCAGGUUCCAGGUUCGCUCGACGAGCGUCGAUACAGGCGAUCCUGAGAGGCAGCGUUGGGAUGCAUAUGGUGGCGGCAUGUGUCUCUGAGCGCAAGCCAUGCAUCGCGCCGGAUGCACGUCAAACGGCAUGGGAGCAAUCCACCAACCCGGCGAUCCUGCGGCUCUCCCUCGGCUCUUGCUCCCAUCUUCCAGGGCCAUCUCCUCCCCUGAGCCCUGCUGCUAUCUCCCACUCGCCGCCGGGCCGAUCGCCUCCCCACCACCACUUUCCAUGUCGUCGUCUGCCACAACGGAGACACCGGCGUCGCUGGUGGGUCAAGCGAGCUCUGCUUGCUUCGACCUACUCGCGGUCCUGAUCACAAAUGACGAAUUCAUUCGCUCCGCCACCCCGUCGCUGUUCGCAAGGCUCCUGAGAGUGUCACGGCAUACUCGGGCCAUCCUCAACACCGGCAGGACAUGGGAGUGUGCCCUUCCAGCGUGGUUGCAAGUCACGGCCGGGUUUCUGUUCGAUGGUGUCGAUCCCUCCAUCAGUCGCCUGAAAGUGCUCUAUGGCCUUUGCCGCUACAUAUUCCGCCGGGACCGACAACAACCAGCCGAUGCGUCCGUGUUGGAGAAGGAAAACGAGCUCUGGUCCGAAGUUUACCGUGAUACGACGCUCUACAGGAGAGUGUUGCGCUACUGCCAAGUGACCGAUCCGUCGUUCCAGUUCCCAAGGACGCAAGACCCAAGCUCGCCCGCGCGGCUGUCGGUCGAGGAAAUGGCCAGGAUCGCCGAGGGUGAAAGCUUUGACAUAUGCUCGCCGGUCGAGAUCACUUUCGGGUCCAGCUACGUCAAGAUCCGGCACAGCGGGAUACAGGGCCAUGACGUCUAUUUGUCCAAGCUUCUGCCCUUCGACAUCCCAGAGAUGGACAUCACAAGCGAGAAACAGCUAACAAUCGCAAACAUGUCGUUUCUCAAGGUGUCUGGAUGGCACAAGGUGCUUUCUGCCUUCACAAAGCUGACCAUCACAAAGGAUUGGCCGCUCACGGGCCCAAGUUUCGACGAUCCUCUCGCCAGCUUGCAGGGCAUGCCAAAGGUACUUCCGCUGCUGCGAUUCCUGCAUCUCGGAGGCAGCACGGAUUUGACAUCGCUCCGGGGAAUGCCCGAGAUGCCACGGCUCGAGCAGCUCUAUCUCCCAGAGUCGAUCGAGUCCCUGGAAGGUAUGCCAAAGGAGCUGCCCUCACUAACAGAGUUUGGCAUCGAGUGGAGCCUGAAGCUCAAGUCGCUCAGAGGAAUGCCCGAGAUGCCAAAGCUGGCAGAGCUAUUUCUUUCAACCUCGAUCGAGACCCUGGAGGGCAUGCCAAGGGAGCUGCCUUUGCUCGAAUGCUUCAGCGUGCACCGGCACGGACGAUUGACGUCGCCCCAGGGCAUGUCCGCGAUGCCAAAUCUGACGAUGCUCCAGCUCCCAGAGUCCAUCGAGACCCUGGAGGGUAUGCCAGCGGCUCUUGGCUCGCUUCGGACCUUCCGUGUGCGGCACUGCACACAACUCACGUCGCUCCGGGGAAUGCCUGAGAUGCCCAAGCUGCUUGAGAUGGACCUUCCAGUCGGAGUUGAGACCCUCAUGGGCAUCCCUGAGGAACUGCCUUCUCUCACCAAGCUCACCAUCAGCUCGCACAGACAACACAUCAUCAGCCAGCUCCCAAGAAUGCCCAAACUCGACCAUCUCGUCCUGACGAAGUACUUUGUCAACCUGGCCGAUCUGCGUAUCAAUCAAAGCACGCUCCGGGUGCUUGAUCUGAGACAGUGCUGCAAGUUGAGUUCGCUGGACGACAUGGCUUCGUUCCCCGGGCUCGAGAUCCUCCGCAUUCCUUCAUCGAUCCGGACGAUCAGGGGUCUGGCCGCGAAGCUACCGUCCCUCAAGAGCCUGUAUCUGGAAUCGAAGCUGCCCCGGGACGGGGAUGAAAGAUCGCAGGUGGCAGCAAUGUAUAAGAGGGCAUCCUACAGCCUCAGUCUUUGGUGGAGGAUCGCAAGCUGGACACUGGAGCUGCCGGCGGGCUGCUGUGUCGCUUUUUAUGAGGAUAAGCUGAAUCGCGGCUGAUUCUCAGGUCGCGGAGUUUGCAUGAUGCGCUUGGACCCGUGUGCUUUGCGCUUUGGCAGAGAAUCGAAUCAAGAUUGCAUCGCAGGACACACCACGAUGCUUCCCUGCUUGAAUGCUGGUCUCCGUGAUUUGUGGUGCUGUGCUCCAUACCCCUAUUCUCUUUCAUACCCCUGUGCUCCUUCAUACCCCUGUGCUCCUUCAUAUCCCAUGUCUCUUCAUACUCUGUGUCAUUCUUGUCAUGUGCAUUCCCAACACUCGACGCAGCCAUCACUUUGGAUGCCGUCGCGGGUCCCGCACCAGGCUCGGUUGCGUGUGGCAUCCAGAAUGCUUUCUCUGUCAACUAGAGACGAGUGGCUUCCAUCAUCCCGAACCGGAGAAUCUCGCUUCGCGCAAAUACAUUCCGGUCGAAAUGGCCAUCAUUGUCUGUGAUAUGCGGUGAUAUGUGCGAU